GAAGUACACUUUCUUUAUCCUAUGGAACACGCCGUACACUAUGUAACACGUCAAAGUCUACAAAUCUCAGCGAAUCGUAAUAACACGUGUCAGUAAGCUGUUUUGAAACUUGGAAUAUUUCUACACACGCCGUGAAGUAAUUGAUGUUAAUUAUGGGAACCGCUCAGAAGCCAGAAGCUGUUGAUCAGAACUUGGAAGAUGCAGUGGCUGAGAUCAGAGCCGAACUACAGGAGAUCCGAGUUGAACAGGACGAGGCAAAUAACGAAAUGAUGAAGAAAGUUCAGGAUACCUACGACCUGCUACUGAAGGCUAUGGAAGAUCAAGGACUCGACCCAGACAAGAAAGGACAAGAGGCGAGCUUACCCCAAGAGCACGAGCCUGAAGAUGAAGCACACGAGACUGAGCAAGAUGGUGAGCGGGAAGAAGAUGACAUUGCACACCAGGGAGAUCAUGCUGGGGAUGCUCACUCUGAACCUGAAGAUGAAUCACACGAGACUGAACAAGAUGGUGAACAGAAAGAAGAUAAUGAUGAUGAUGUUCACCAGGAAGAGUAUACUGUGGAUGCUGAAUCUGAAGAAGACGAAGCAAACAACCACGAGCAAGAUGCUUCACAGGAACAGGGAGACAUUGCAUCCUGGAGAAAACGUGCUCUGGAUGCUGAAUCUAAAUUGGCAGAAGUGGAGAAUCGCAUAGAGUGUGCGGACCUGCAGACAAAGUUGGCAGACCUGGACAAGCAACUGGAUGAAGUGCGGUACCAGCUCGAACACUCCCUGAGGGAGAAUGAGCAGCUGCAAAAACAACUAGACAUAGCGAAAAAGAAGGCCGAAGGGUCGCCAGUUGAAGAGCCUGAAGAUUCAGCAGACCACACUGCAGCAGGUGACACAGAGCAGCCAUCACCUGAGGACGAUCAAGAAACUAAAUCCAUAGAAUCCGAAACCAGUGAACCUCAACCUGAAGAUUUAGCAGACCACACUCCAGAAGAUAACACCGUGCAGACAUUACCAGAGGACGAUCAAGAAACAAGACCCAUAGAAACCGAAAUCAGUGAUACUCAAUUGGCGGAAGUGGAGCUGCAGAAACAGUUGGCAGACUUGGACAAGCAACUGGAUGAAGUGCGGUACCAGCUCGAACACUCCCUGAGGGAGAAUGAGCAGCUGCAAAAGCAACUAGACAUAGCGAAAAAGAAGGCCGCAGGGUUGCCAAUUGAAGAGCCUCAAGAUUCAGCAGACCACACUGCAGCAGGUGACACAGAGCAGCCUUCACCUGAGAACGAUCAAGAAACCAAAUCCAUAGAAUCCGAAACCAGUGAACCUCAAUCUAAAGAUUCAGCAGCCCACACUCCAGAAGGCGACACUGAGCAGUCAUCACCAGAGGACGAUCAAGAAACAAAACCCAUAGAACCCGGAACUAGUUAUUCUCAACCUGUAGAUUCAGCAGACCACACUCCAGAAGGUGAUGUGGACCAGUCAUCACUAGUGGAAGAUCAAGAAACCAAACCCACAGCAUCUGAAACCAGUGAACCUCAAUUGGCAGAAGUGGGGGAUUCCAUAGAGAGUGAAGAGCUGCAGAAACAGUUGGCAGACCUGGACAAGCAACUGGAUGAAGUGCGGCACCAGCUCGAGCACUCCCUGAGGGAGAAUGAGCAGCUGCAAAAGCAACUAGACAUAGCGAAAAAGAAGGCUGCAGGGUUGCCAGUUGAAGAGUCUAAAGAUUCAGCAGACCAAACUCCAGAAGGCGACACUGAGCAGUCAUCACCAGAGGACGAUCAAGAAACAAAACCCAUAGAACCCGGAACUAGUGAUUCUCGAACUGAAGAUUCAGCAGCCCACACUCCAGAAGGCGACACUGAGCAGUCAUCACCAGAGGACGAUCAAGAAACAAAACCCAUAGAACCUCGAACUAGUGAUUCUCGACCUGAAUAUUCAGCAGCCCACACUCCAGAAGGCGACGCUGAGCAGUCAUCACCAGAGGACGAUCAAGAAACAAAACCCAUAGAACCAGUAACUAGUGACCCUCAACCUGGAGAUGAAGCUCACAAACCUGAAGAAACUGCAGAUGCGCCUCAAUCAUAUGGUCAAGAGGUUGAAAUAUGGAAAGGAGAUGCAGUACCUGAAGCGCAGGUGGCGGACGUGAUGCUGAAGAACGCGCACAUGGGCUCGCAGCUCAAGGACAUGGGUCUGCGGCUCAAGUUCUCCGAGGAGAUGAUGGAGGUGAUGCGGCAGGAGAGGAACCUCGCCUGGGAGAUCUCCGCCCGCCGGUCGGAGCAGCUGCUCAACGCCGCCCACGCCAUGGAAAAGUGCUCGUGCGACGUAUGCAAGAAGACUUUGGAAAUGCGACAAGGAAUGCUCGCAAUCAAAGAGAGCAGAAAAAGCAAGGAGCAGUCCCAACCAAGCAGUGCUCAGCUAGGCAGUCCACAGCCAAUAGUUGAUGAGCCAAACAGUCCGCCAAGGAGUCCACAGCCAAUAGUUGAUGAGCCAAGCAGUCCGCCAAGGAGUCCACAGCCAAUAGUUGAUGAGCCAAGCAGUCCACCAAGGAGUCCACAGCCAAUAGUUGAUGAGCCAAGCAGUCCUCGAAACUCGGACCAGAUAGAUCAUUCAGCCACUGACGACUGAUUUCGCCCUUUCCCAUGCUUCAUAGAGACAAUAACCCCAUAAAUACAACAGUUCUAGUAGGUCUGUGUUAAACAAAGUAAACAUUUCACGUCAAUGAAUGUGGAUUAUAUGAUUGAGACUAGAAUUAUUGCCAUUUAUUUUUAAACAAUGAUACAGUGGAAAGUUUGAGUAUGUUACCACACGAUGAUUUAUCUCCCAACUUACUGAGGUAAGGUAAGAUACACAAAAAAGAAUAAAAUAAAGAUAAGUGUAUCAAAUGAUUUGUACAUAACGGUUUCGACAAAAAUAAAUUAGCUUUAACUGAGAAACAUUGAAA